AUGUCACCUCAACCCAACAAUUCAACACCGGCAACUCCCCGUGCGGUCCUCACAAGUCUUAUUGACACCCUCACGUCAGCUCCCCUUCCCCCCUCGUCGACGUCACCGACAAACGCCGAUAACCCCCUCCAAGGACUCCCGCAAUCACACCGUCCGCUCCUACUGACCCUCCACGUAAUUUUUCCCUCGAUAGUCCUCCCUGCCUUGGACCUCCUAGACCGCAAUCUCGUUACCCGCGUACUCUUGGACAAAACUACUGUCAGUGACUCUGACAGCUUAAUCCCUGCCAUUGACCCCGCAGACCUGCACCACCGGCAGUCACAGCAACAACCGUCUGGCGAUGACAAGGACGCGGGUGACCGGGGUGUCGAAGACAUGACAGCCGGCUCCAGCCGGCGCGAACCCGCCGCAUUCCACCUCGUCCGCUCCGUGGCGUCCACCAUGUCCCGGCAUAACAAGGCCGCCGGCGCAGCCAUGGCCUCCGCGACGACUACGUAUCUUGUUCAGCUUGAUGCGUGGAACUGCACAUGCGCCAACUUCGCCUUUGAAGCGUUUCCUGCCACUGGUCAAGCACACGACUUGGAGGUGUUGAGUGCCAACUCAGUGGAGGAUUCACAUGAGGUAAAACCUCACGAGUGGCAGUUUGGGGGAUCAAGCCUGGAUGGUAUCGAUUAUGGAGGGGUGCCUUGUUGCAAGCACCUGCUUGCCAGUCUACUCUCAGAGCAGUGGAGGGAUGUUCUCGGCAGCUACGUUGCGGAAAGGAGAGUGAACCGGGAGGAGAUGGCGGGAUUAGUUGCAGACGUAUAA